UGGACUGUGACGUUUCAAACCUGGGUGCCCUGCGAGCUCACAGACCACCGUGGCCUCAGAUUGGGACGUUUGGACCCCAGAGUGGGCAGAUGCUGCAACUGGGAGGAGUCCAGAGCUUCACCCUGUCCCCUCCGGGCUGAGCCACAAUUGCAGAGGAGUUUCAUGGGGGAAUCAAUGGAUUCAGGAAGUAGUAGGAGUGUGGAGAACACAGUAAAUAGGGUCUAUCCUGAUCAGCUUGUUCCAAAGAUAAACACAAGCAAGAAAAUGUCCACCUUAGCAAACCCAUCCAGCAUCUUGGAAAUGCCACAGGAGAUUAAGAAAAGCUGUGGAGACAAACAGGUAGAAAACCCAGUUGAAAGACUAAAAAUGGCAAAGAGCAUCAAAGAAAAACAAAGUAACGAUUUAGAGAAAUUGGCCUUUAAAAGGAAGGCAGAAGGCGAAGAAAAGCCAGCUGGAAAGAAGGAAGCAAAGAUCAUGGAAAUUGACAGCCCUUUGCUCAACCUGCCUUUGCCUCACAUCCCCUUAAAGAACAUCAUGGAUGUGGAGGUGAAGUUGGUCUACAUUGAUGAAGAGGAUGUGAGCUAUGAGUUUGUGGAGCCCUUCAUAUCCCCUGGAAUUCGGCCAACGUGCCGAGCAGCUGAAAUAGUAGACCCUUUGCAUGUACCUAAUUUCAGCUUUCUGCCUCAGAUUGACAAAUGGCUUCAAGUAGCCUUAAAGGAUGCCAGCUCUUGCUACAGACAAAAGAAAUAUGCUGUGGCGGCAGGACAGUUCAGAACAGCACUGGAGCUUUGCAGCAAAGGGGCAGCUCUGGGGAAACCAUUUGAAGCAUCUGCUGAAGAUAUAGCAAGCGUGGCAAGUUUUAUUGAGACAAAGCUUGUUACAUGCUAUCUACGGAUGAGGAAACCUGAUCUUGCCUUAAAUCAUGCGCACAGGAGCAUUGUUUUAAACCCAGCCUAUUUCCGAAAUCAUCUUCGUCAGGCAACAGUGUUUAGAUGUCUGGAGAGAUAUUCAGAAGCUGCUCGGAGUGCCAUGAUUGCUGACUACAUGUUCUGGCUCUGUGGAGGAAGUGAACAAUGCAUAAGCAAGCUCAUCAAACUGUAUUGGCAGGCCAUGAUUGAAGAAGCCAUCACCAGAGCAGACUCUUUCUCAGUUAUGUACACACCAUUUGCAACAAAAAUCAGAGCUGAUAAAGUCGAAAAAGUAAAGGAGGUUUUCACAAAAACUCAUCCUGCAUAUGUGGAAUAUAUUUACACAGACCUUCAAGGACUGCACAUGUUGCCUCAGACAGUUGACUGGUCAUCUUUUCCUCCCCAACAAUAUCUCUUAACUCUUGGAUUCAAAAACAAAGAAGAUGGGAAAUUUUUGGAAAAAGUAUCAAGUAGGAAGCUGCCAACAUUUACAGAACAUAAAACUCCCUUCUGCCUGCUGACCAGAGAAGACACAGUGAGACACAUGGAGACAAUGGGGAAGAGAAUCUUGCCAAUACUGGAUUUUAUUAGAAGCACCCAACUGAACGGGAGUUUCUGCGCGUGUUCAGGUGUGAUGGAGAAGUUGCAAUACGCCAGCCUCCUCAGCCGAUUGCAGAGAGUAAAGGAGCAGGCCCAGGUGAUCAAUCAAGUAAUGGCGGAGCUAGCAACCAUUCCCUAUCUACAGGACAUCAGUCAACAGGAGGCAGAAUUGCUGCAGUCACUAAUGGCAGAUGCUAUGGACACCCUUGAAGGAAGAAGAAACGAUAAAGAACGUGUGUGGAAUACAAUUCAAAAGGUGGAGCUAACAGGAACUCGGCCUUCCUAUUCUGGCGGUACAUUACCAUAGGCCCAAGGUCACCAGAGGCAAUUUGCUAUCCCAGACAAUUGACCAUGAAAGCCCUGGAGUCCACUGUAUUCUCCCCGAUGAGUUUGCCCUAUAAGAUGAGGGAUCAACAAGGAGGAAGUUCCUGCUCCUGGAAUAUACACCCCCAGUAUGUCCAGCACAGUGUCCUACACCCAGCACACCUUUCUGUGGAUGUCAUGUACACCAUACAUUGAUGAACCCUAUAAAGCCUUUCUAACCCUACAACUAGAAUUUGCUUUGGCUCAGGACAGAUGGGAACUGCAAAGGAACCAACCCACUUUGUGCAACAAGGGCCCCUAGGAAUGCUUGGAGAGAAGGAUACAAGGAAAAGACUAACUGUCCUGCUAAUAGGAAGGUAGACACUCAAAGAGCAUUAAGAUCUGUGAUCUUAUUGUAAAUGUGACACAUGUAUACUUACCACAGGACAAGCCAAGGACAUACUGACUACAUUUGUAACCACUAUUAGUCCCUUGAGUCACAUUAUCCCAUAAAAACAUAAAUAGCAGCAAAGUGAAAUUCCUGUACUAACUCACAAUACCACAUUUAACCCAGAAUAAAGCUGAAACACAAUACUAUUUAUAUAUUCCAGGGACAGGGGAAUCCCUACCCACCAGCAAGC